AUGUCGAGGAUUGAAAACAUUUCUAAACGUGGCCAAACCUGGAGACGAUUUAAUGCAUUGGUGGAUGUAUGUCAUCAGUUUCUUAUUGCUGAUUUUGUUGACGAUGGGCCAUCAUCAAAGCCAUCAUCAAAUUCUAAUUGCAGAGUCAAAGCAAAAGAAAAUCUGAAAAGAAAGAGAUCCACCGAUGGUGUCGCUGCAGGACCAUAUCCACCGCCACCUAUAACUCCUGCAUUGACUAGGAUUAUUAGUAAUGCACGUGGUAUUCUUACUCCUGAUGCUGCUACUGACCAAGAAUCACCAGUCUUCAUUCACCAAAAAAUGCUUUUCGAAGCCGAUGUUAGCAAACAACAGGGUCGACUUUCCAUGCCAAUAAGUCAAAUAAUCUCUGAUGAUUUUCUAAACGAUGAUGAGAAAAAUAAAGUUGAACGAAAUGAAGGAAUGCAAGUCUACAUUAUUCAACCAAAUUUGGAUAUAACAAGCCUCGUACUUAAAAAGUGGCAAUACUCAAAGAAAAAUAAAGCAUCUUCUCCUGUUUCUUACGUAUUUAUCAAGAAUUGGCUCGAUGUUGUCAAAAGGAAUGGACUAGAAAAAGGUCAUAUUGUUCAACUUUGGUUUUUUAGAGAUAUCAAUGCGAAUCCCUGUUUUGCAUUGGUCAACCUAAGCAACGACUCAACUUAG